UCCUGGUAGUCUGGUCCUUGUUCCCGUCUGGGUACCAGCUUCCUUCAGCAGCGGUAGCCGGUGGGGAAGGAGAAGGAGUCUACUGGCUGAAAUUUUUCAGAAGUAGUUGUUUUCAAAGAAGAAUAAGUAGAAGAAAAGAAAGGAAGAGGGAAAGAAAGGGAGACACAAGAUGAAACCCUGUCAAAAAAUUGAAGAAAAACCAGAAAAUGAGAAUGAACCAAAACUUGAAGAAGUACCAAAGCCUGAGGAAAAGCAAGAGGAGGAGGAAAAAACAGAAGAAACUUUUAGAGAAAGACUGAUUCAGUCUCUCCAGGAAUUUAAAGAAGAUAUACACAACAGGCAUUUAAGCAAGGAAGAUAUGUUUAGAAAUGUGAAUGAAAUUGAUGAGAUAAGAAGAGUCAGAAACAAACUUACAGUGAUACGUUGGAAGGUUAAUCGAAACCAUCCUUACCCCUAUUUAAUGUAGUUUACCUUGAUUUCUAUUUUUUCUGAUGUUGACAUUACUUUCUUUUUUGUUGUCCUGUAUAUCUCUGUCCAUCUGUCUGCUUUUAACUUGUUGCUAUUAGUGGUUUUAGAUGCAUCUCAUUGUUUAUUUCAAACCAGUCUACAAGUCUUUGCCUUUUAAUAGGACAGCUUUACUCAUUUGUACAAAAAGAGAUUCCUGACAGGAUAUAAAAUGUAAAAAAGUUACUAAGCAAUAUGUGAAUAUCAUAUUUUUGAAAGGGAAAGGUACAUUUGUAUAUUCCAUAUAUACACAGAAGAAUAUGUGAAGGAUGAAAGACAAAAAAUAUAGUCAGUGGUAGGAUUAUGAGUGAUUUUUUUAAUUCAGCUUAUUUGUAUUUUUCCUUAUGCCUAGAAUGUACACACGUUAUUGUUAAAAAUAAUAAAAGUUUUAUAACAAAAAAAAGGAGUAA